AUGGGCGUUUACCUGGACGAUGGUCAGUUAGGAUCAAGAAAUAUAUUCUCUGAUUGGAUACACACGCCAAAGGACUAUCUUACCCAGAACCCUACUCAAAAUGACCAUCUUACCCAGAAACCCACACUAAAGUGUCAGGUUACCCAGAAACCCACUUCAAAUGACCAUAAACCCACACUUAAGGGCCAUGUUACCCAGAAACCCCCUCCAGAUGACCUUGUUACCCAGAAACCCACACUAAAGGGUCAGGUUACACAGAAACCCCCUCCAGAUGACCUUGUUACCCAGAAACCCACACUUGAGGGCCAUGUUACCCAGAAACCCAAAUUAAAGGGUCAGGUUACCCAGAAACCCCCUCCAGAUGACCUUGUUACCCAGAAACCCACACUUAAGGGCCAUGUUACCCAGAAACCCACACUUAGAAACCCACACUUAAGGGCCAUGUUACCCAGAAACCCACACUUAAGGGUUACCCAGAAACCCCCUCCAGAUGACCUUGUUACUCAGAAACCCACACAAAAGGGUCAGGUUACCCAGACACCCACUCCAAAUGACCACGUUACCCAGAAAACCACAUUAAAGGGCCAUGUUACCCAGAAACCCACACUGAAGGGUCAGGUUACCCAGAAACCCACUCCAGAUGACCUUGUUACUCAGAAACCCACACUUAAGGGCCAUGUUAUCCAGAAAUCCACACUAAAGGGUCAGUUACCCAGAACUCCACCCCAAAUGUCAAUUUUACCCAGAAACCCACACUAA